UGGUAAUUAUUCCGUGUGUUCGCAUCCGACCUUUAAUAGGUGAGCAGUAUUGACGGCGUGGUAUUAGUGGAACCAGGAUACCUACAGGAUCGGCGAGUGUUUGCCAUGGUCGUAUUGACGUUUCGUUAUGGCCGAGAGGACGAAGAAGUGAUGGGACUAAAGUUCUACACGGAAGCUAUCCUCGACUACCGACAGGUAUAUCCCGAACCAGCGAAUCAAACGACAAUUGAAGAGCUUACGCCAUUACAAGAGACCUUGAUGCGCAAGUUGGGUACGGAAGCAUACCCGCUUACCCUGCGCGUCUCUCCGAAGGCGCCUCCCAGCGUUCGCUUGCAUCCUGCCAGACCUUACAUCGGUAGUCCGCUUGGCGUCUCCUACGAGAUCAAAGUGUUUAUAACGGACAAAAACAAUGACAAACCCCAUAAACGUAAUAUGGUUCGGAUGUCAUUGAAGACAGUUGAAUAUGCGCCGGAAACAACUGUUGGAAUCAUCCGAGAUCCCAUGUGUCGACCGCGGAUAUCUAUUGUAAAGCAUUUUAUCCUCUCUUCAGGUCGUCUUGAGAUACAGGCCGUGCUUGAUAAGGAGUGCUAUCAGCAGGGUGAACCAUUACACGUUCACGUUACGCUAAACAAUUCUACGCGGACGAAAACAGUUCAACGGCUGAAGGUAUCCGUGAUACAACACGUAAACGUAUGUAUGUUUACGCACGGCCGCUUUAAAAACAUCAUCGGAACAGGUGACAGCAGCGAAGGUGGCGCAGGCUCGAGUGCCGUCACGCCA